CUCAGAGCUCGCCGCGCGCAGUCGCCUCCAGAGCGGCCCCAGCCCGGCCAAAGGCGGCGCGGUGACGCCAUUUUGCGUGGCCUGCCUCGCUCCUCCACCCCGUGCCGUUGAUGUCUUCGCCGCCGCCGCCGUCUUCGUCGCCGCCGCAGCCGCCGCCGCCGCCGCCGCCGCCGUCGUCGUCGUUGUCCUUUCUUCCCUUCGUCAAGAGCGGUGGCGGGAACUGUACUACGGCUUGUUGUGAGCGUGGUGGUGGUGGUGGUAGUAGGUAGUGGCGGUUGGGUGGUGGUGGUGGUGGUUGCAAUGUCGUCCUUCUCGGAGUCUGCGCUGGAGAAGAAGCUUAGCGAGCUGAGUAACUCGCAGCAGAGCGUCCAGACGCUCGCCCUGUGGCUCAUCCAUCACAGGAAGCACUCCCGCAGCGUCGUGCAGGUCUGGCACCGCGAGCUCAAGCGAGCAAAGCCGAGCCGGAAGCUGACAUUCCUCUACCUGGCCAACGACGUGAUCCAGAACAGCAAGAAGAAGGGGCCCGAGUUUGGACGAGACUUUGGGCCCGUGCUGGUGGAUGCCUUCGGACAUGUGGCCAGAGAGGCGGAGGAUUCCUGCAAGAGGCCCAUGGAGCGUGUGCUCGCCAUCUGGCAGGAGAGAGCCGUCUUCGAGGCGGACUUCAUCGACCAGAUCCGACGGGCCAUCGGUUCCCUGCCCGGUGGCGACGCGCCAAAGAAGGCGGCGCCGGACGUGAGCCGGCAGGCGGAGGAGAAGAGGCCGCCUCCCGUCGCCGCAGGCCACGCCAGCGGCAACGGCGGCGACAAAAAGGCGGCCAAGCGGCGGCACGAGCAGGUGCAGGUGGCCAAGACGGAGGAGGAGGACGACGACGACUACCUCGUCAACUGCUCCCCGCGCGAACCCCCGGAGACGGAGGAGCUGAUCAAGGCACUGCAGGAGCUGGAACAAGCGGCGUCGGGAGAUGCGGCGGUGCGGCGCAGGAUAGCAGCGCUGCCUCCUGAGGUGCAGGACCCCUCGCUACUCUCCAAGAUCAAAGAUGCGCCGUCGGCGGAGCGGCUGUCGCGGAUGGUGGAGGAGGCGUGCGUGCUGUUGGCCGACUACAACGGGCGGCUCGCGGCCGAACUUGAUGACCGCAAGCAGCUGGCGCGCAUGCUCGCUAACUACCUGCGCUCGCAGAAGGAGCUGCUCGCCCAGAAGGAGCGCAAGCUGGAGGAGUACAAGCAAAAGCUGGCGAAGGUGACGCUGGUGCGGAAGGAGCUGAGGACGCACAUCCAGAACCUGCCCGACUUCUCCAAACUUCCCGCGAGCACCAAGGGGCUGGCCCCGCUACCUUCGGCGGGCGACCUCUUCUCUAAAGACUGAACGAGCGUGCGGCCUGUCUCUCACUGUCUCUCGCCCGCCCGCGCGCCCAGGGCUCUUAAGUUGUGUAUAUAUUUUUGGUGCCAGACCGCUUAGCAAUUUGGCACCGUCGCGCCGGGUUGGGUCUUGCAGUCGGGCCAGGCCGGCGCUUAGCUGUCACAAUCCACCGGGCGUCGACGGAGGGCUUUCCGGUUCGCCGACUCAGCGAUUGUCUCCAAAAAAUUCCGUGUCGCACCGUAGCUCUGGAGCCAAAGCUCUGGAUUCUGGCCCAUCCCCUGGCUGCCUGCAGCCAGGGGAUGGGCACACAAACCACUCCCGGGCAGCGCGACACCACCCUGGGCUUGCUGGGGAGGCAGCACUGAAGGCGUGGGUGGGGGGGGAGUGGUAGGGGCGGGGGGGGGGUCUGUGACCAUCCACCACGGAGCAAAUCUCAAUUGGCAUUGCCCUGCUGACGAUCACAGAGAGCGGAGUUUAGUUUAUCCUGGCGAAUAAAUAUGAAAGCGUCGAGCGUUUGAAUUCCGUUUGGGUUUUCAAACGCAUCCCCGUUGCGCGUAACAGGAUGACAGCGGCCCUGUUUCCGGUGGAAGCUUUUACCGAGUUCGCUCUACAGGGCCUGCCCAAUGCAUUUUAUAGAUAUUUUAUUAUUAAGAGUGGGACUCGCAUAGGUAAGCUCUGGACCCGUGUCCAUAAUGGAUUUUUUGGGGCUGCCGUUCCGUUUGUUUGGUGGGACCUCCUCUGGCAACCCCACCAAAACAGAGUGGCUGUUUGCGUAACGCACCUCGAGUGGAAACGUUCUUUGUCGUUAAAGCACAGUCGAAAGUUAAUACGAACGGUCAAAGUCUGUUUGACUUGUGGCAUGUGGAUCCGGCCUUGUGAUGAUCACGAGAGAGUCGGAGCUUUCCAUCCCCGGUGCUUGGAUGACGCGUGGGGAGACUUGGCCUCAAGUUGAUGUUGACGAGGUCUGGACACCACACUUUGCACCGCUCUGUCAACGCGCUUGCGACAGUAAACAGUCAACUCUAAAAGAGAUAUGAAAUGUAAAGUUUAACAGCAUAAUGUAUGUAAUCAGUCUGUUGUUGAAAAAAUGAUUUUAAGAGUUAUAGAGUGUUUUUUUUGUUACUUCUGGCGGUGCGCACAUGAAGUGGCGCGUAGGCCGCUAUUACAAGGGUCGGUGACGCUUCAUUUUUUUAAACUUGUUUUGCCAUGCAGUUUUACGUCUUGUUUAUCGAUCCGGUGCGUUCAUUCUGCUGGAAACUGCUUACGAUUCUGUUUAAAGACCCCCCCCCGGAUAACAACGAUGCAUGGUGUAUUUAAUUUGUACGUGACAUUACUACUUCAUUAACAGCUCACGAUUUUGGACAGCUGUCGACUCGAGGUGCGGGCGGAGCAUGCCCGGUGUGACUCCCUCGGUGUCCGCGGCCACGUUUCGGCUGUUCCCAAUCCCAAUGUUUUCCGCGUCUGUACAAAUUUUUGCAAUAAACUGAAAAUUCACGCGUUUCUCCUCCCACACCCCCCGCCCCCGCCGCCCUCCUCCCACUACCGUCAUCAUCUUCGGUACGCGUUCGUACGCCUCGUUGAUGUCAAGUCAAUUGCCGUAGCUGGCCUGGUUUUUAUUGUUAAUAUUAUUACUUUUACACUUGUUUAACCAGGUUUAGCCUUGCCGAGCGCUGACUUUUGUUUCAAGAAAGUCCUGAUACAAUUUCACAGUGGGGCAGGGCCCGCGAUUGCCUCGUGUAAUAAUUUUGCCGUCGCCCCCCCCUCCCGCCCGCACCUCCGGUUAGCAUGUUUGGCUAUGUACGGUGUGAAAGAAGUUCAACAUUCUUACAGAUACUACACAAUCCCAGGUUGAAUAAAUAGCGGGUGAUCUUAUUUUUGGCAACUUUGGACUGCGUGGCGCUGGCACACGUGGCCUUAAUGCUCCUUCGAACGCCGUCGCGGGAUCUUUGACGUCCACUGUGCAUCAGACGGCGGGAAGCGUUUUCUGGUUAAGACGCCUACAGCAAUUAGAAUCGGAAUAUUGUAUUUAUACUGGAGGAAUCCGAUGAGCUGUAAAGCUAUUUUUCACAGAUGUCUCGUAGGGGUGGGUAAAAACGUUACAACAGCAAACAAUACAAAACUAUAGGAGUGCAAACUACGGCAAAGGUAAGCAAAUCGCCCAAAAGCCUACAAAUAAAGCGAUACAAUCCCCUUUCUACCAGGCAAAGCCCACUGAGGUAGUAACUUAUUUUUUCAGAAGCAGCCUGGCCACAAAUUAUAGCUCAAAGUGGCCUAUCAUGUGGAAAUGUACAGCAGCAAAUUAACUUUGAACGACUGGAAUGCACGUUUCUGUUUAAAUACCCAGGGGCGGCCUGUCGGGUUUGAAAACCGUGAGCCUCUGCGACAAGCGGAGAAUGCGCUGCCGCUGUUCCAUAUCCAGGGCCACUUGCAAAUUCAACUCAAUCCCGGUCUCGUGAGUUCUCGCCCAAAAAUAAUAACGUGAUGGUUGGAUUGGUGUAAUCCCUAAUUUCAUUGCACUGUAAAUGCCCCCGGUUUUUUUUUUUAAAAUCUGUGGACUCAAUAAAUGAGCCCUGGAAUUUCCACCGCCGCUUUGUGAAUGUAUCUUAGGAAUACUGACGACUGCUUUCCCGAUCGGCGGUGCUGACGAUUCUUUUCCCGAUCGGCGGUGCCGAGUCGAGCGAUGGCGGUGGUGGUGGUUGGCGGCGGGGUGCCGCGGAUAAACACUGCAGGACCGCGCGUCCCCACGCCGCCCGCCUUCGCUCCAUGAGCAGUCUGGGACACGUGGUGGUGGUGGUUUGCGACGACGUGUUAACGAUCCCACACCACCCGGUGAUUCGAUUUGAUUGUCUCCAUUCGUUCUAUGAAUUCUAUUCGUGAAUCGCAACAUUUCUGCGUUUGUCUCCUGUUGCGAGAGGUUUGCACAUGACGCGUCAAUUAACCAACCGAUAAUUCGCAAGGGUCCACGAUACACGCUCAUCAUCGAAUUGUGUAGAAAGAAAUAUGUAAUGUUUGUGCAGGUGUUACUGAUGUUACGAGCAAGACGAGGGGGGGGGGGGGAUGAGGGAAUACAAACGAGACGGUAAAAGUUAGACAAUCGAUUGUUGACUCGUAACAUGCCCCGGUAUCGUGGAAAUUAAAAUCCCCGGUGAGUUGAAUCGUCACCCCGACGUUUUCUUUACCGUCUCGUUUGUUGGAAGUUUUUCUGUCUCGGUUGUACACUUUUAUGUUUGCACUUGUUAAGCCGAAAUGUCAGAAUCAGAAUAUUUAUUUAUGCUGCAGGAAUCCGAUGACCUAUAAAGCUCUUUUUCACAGAUGUCCAGUAGUUUUCACAGAUGUCCAAAUGGAAUACUAGCGAGCCAUUUUGUAUGUUGAGUUACGGUUGCAUUCACAUGCUAGUUGUACAUAGUUAUCAUGCUUUGGAAAUAAUAGAUUUUCGCCUACUUUUAUCCGUGUCUCCUGCGUGUAAGAAUCUAUUUUAAAAGUUG